AUGCCGCCCGCUAUCCUUUCUUGCCAGCCCGCGGCGGGUCUCCCCUCCCCUCACCCGCCCGCGCAUCCUGUAUCCCGCCCGUCGUCCCCUCCCCCCGUGCCCACUCUUCCCCCUCCGCCUCCGCGCACCACGCGCCCAUUCGUGCUGCAGCGCCCGCGCACGCCGGACGCAACAUGGGGGGGCGUGCGCACGGCGCAGUUCGGGGAAGCGGGGAGUCUGGGUUACCGGAUGAUGUUCGCGGACGGUGCGGGGAGGCUGCUGUCGCCGUGGCACCACAUUCCGCUGUACGCGGCGUGCGACACGCUGGUGCAUUUCGUGUGCACGACGCCCGUGGCGACGUGGGCGAAGAUGGAGAUCGCGCGCGAGGAGGACUACACGCCUUUGCGAUUCGCGGCGUCGCAGAUGCAGGUGCAGCUGCUACAGGGUAGUAACGACAUCGCAUGCGACAACGGCGACGGAAAAAAACCCGAUGGCGAACUUGACGGUGACGACGAACUCGCCGCGGCGCGGCACUCCGACAGUCCGACCGCCUCUGUAGCACGGGCCGCGCGUAAGCGCGCGGCAUGCGAGGCGGUAGCACAAGUACCAGCGCAUUACGCGGGGAACGUGCUGUGGAACCACGGUGUGCUGCCGCAGACAGUCGACGAGUCCACACUGUUCCGCGCGCCACCCUCCGACACCCGCUCCGCCUCCGCUUCCGCUUCCGCUUCUGCUUCCGCUUCCCCCUGCCCCGCUCCCGUCAAUCGUUCCGCCGGACGCCCCCCUGCUCCCGGAACCUCAGCAUCCCGCGAUCCUAGCGGCGACGGCGGCGGUUCCGGCGGCGCCGGCGACGGAGGAGGAAGUGGAGUAGGAGGGCAGAGAAGCGGUGAUCGAACAAGCUGCAACAAGCAGCGGCAAUCCACAGCCGGAGGAGGGGACGGAAAGCGCUCGGGAAAGAGCGGGUGGGGUUUCAGAGGCGGUACCGGUUUGGGGAAGGCGAAAGGAAGACUCGUAGAGAGCGUGGAAGAUGACGUGGCAGCAGCGGAUGAUUGGUCGUGUGAUUUACCUGACUCGCGGCUCGGUUGGCAGAAGCAGCAAGAUCUGGAGCUCUCUUUGCUCGAGCGGUUCGAGAUGGAACGACUCGCUACAAGCAGAUCAGACGACCACGGGCCUAACGGUCCUGACUCGCUAUCCGCUGCCCCGAUUGAGGUGAUAGAAAUCGGGCAACAGCCGGCGCGUGUUGGGCAGGUAUACGCGGUAAAACCGCUCGGCGCGAUUCCGUUAGUGAUCGACGAUAGACUGACGUGGAAGCUGAUAGCCAUUUCGGGAGACGAUCCUGCUGAAGGGCUGGGCGGUUCUGUUGCUACUGCCGUUGCCGCUGCUGCCAACAAUCCUGCCGGCAAUGCUGCCAACAAUGCUACUGCCAGCACUGCUGUCAUUUCCACUGCCUUUUCCGUCCCAAGCACUUCCCUUCCCUCCACCCUACCCUCCAGCCUCCCUUCCACCCUGCCGCCGCGCUCCAUCCCGCCCAUGCCCCACCCUGCCACCCCUCUCCCGCGCGCCCCAUCCGUCCCACAUAGCCCUUGCCCCUCCGCCCAGCCCUCCUUUCCGCCCUAUCCCCCCGCCUCCCCAUCUUCCCCCUUCUUCCCCUCCUCCCUUCCCCUCACUUCGCCCCCCACUCUCCCGCGCUCCCCCCUCUCUGUGGAUUCAAUCAGGGAACAGGCCAAGAGAGGGUUGAGAGGGGGGAGGAGGGGGGGGUGGGAGCACAGAGGGGAGGUGGGGAACGUGGCGAGAGGAGGAAGAGUAAAGGAGGGGGUGAAAGAGGGGGUGAAGUAUCUUCAGAGGCACAAAAGUGAGAACCUUGCAGCUGUUUUGAAGUAUCUUAGUCCGGACCGGCUUGGUGGGAAAGACAGGGGACAGGGCAGAGAAGAUGAGGCGUCGGCAGCAGGAGGAGCGGGAGGAGUAGCAUCAACAGGGGGAGGGGGAGCCGGAUCAGGAGGGUUGGAAGCAGGUUUUGAGGGGUUUGAGGUGGUGCGGGGAGAGGAAAGGCAACAGGAGCAGCAACAUGGGAGCUUUCAGGAUAGGAGCAGGCAGCACAGUUGGAAAGACAGGCCUGAAAGCUGGAGCAGAAGCAGCAGCAGAAGCAGCAGCAGCAGCAGGUUUGGCACCAGAGGCAGCAACACGCAGGAGAGUGGUGAGGCAGAGGGGCAAGGGAGUGCGGAUCGAUGGAGGAACGGAGGAGGAAACCGAGGAGAAAUGGAGGACGCAGCAGCAGCAGCAGCAGCAGGAGAUUCAACCCCCGGGCUGGCAUUAGGCCCUGGUGUUUCGCUCUCUCCUCCCGUGUCUCCUCGCUUCCCCACGCGGUGCAUCCCUCUUGCUCGCUCCCCCUUCGCAACCACCCCAUCCCGGACUCCUGAAAGGGUCCGCAGCCCUGCUGCCGUGCAGAGGCAUGCCACGGCUCCUGUAUCGCGCACCCCUCGCUCCCACUCCCCUCUGCCGCUCAUCCGCUCGCCUCUGCACCUCGCACGGUCUGCUUCACCACGGCAAAGCCGCAGCAAGAAUGCCAACUCGCCUCUGCAUGUGAACCAGCAGCAGCGCCAGCAGAAGCAGCAGCAGCGCCAGCAGAAGAAGCAGCAGGGGCACUUUAGGCAUGAGAAUACGCAUGAAGCAGCUGGUGGACCCAUCUCGCCUUGCCUCCUUCCAGCUCAACGGCCCUCAAUCCAGCGAUAUUCUGGCGCUCAGGAGGGGCUGGAGGAGCCUGGCGAGUGGCACACUGCCACCCCUCUUUUCCUCCGCUCGCUCGAAGACAGGAUGGGAAUCAGCAGCUGCUUCCGGGCCAAUCAAUGGUUGGUUGAGCGGAAGAGGGAGAUAGAGCAGGAGGAGGAUGAGGAGGAGGAUGGGGAUGAGGAGGGGGGUGGUGAGGAGUGGGAGGAGGGGGAGAGCGAGGACGAGGAGGAGCAGUGGGAACGUGAGGGAGAGGGAAGCAGGAAUGGAAGUGAGGGAUUUGAUUUUAGUAUCGGUAAUGGCAGUGGGAAUGCUGGUUCUGGUGGUGGUGGUGGUGGUGGUGGUGUUGGUGGUGGCAGUAGCGGCGGUGGUGGCAGAGGCAAUGGUGGUCCUGCUAAUCGUGGCCGGUUGGAGGGGAGUGGUGGUGGUGCUGUUGGUGGUGGUGUUGCUGCUGCUGGUGGUGGUGCUGCUGCUACUGGUGGUGAUGGAGCAAUGCCAUCUCGGGCGGGGUCGUCCCACGGGCGGUCACUGCAAAGGGGCUCAUCAAGCAGUGGCGCAUCAGUGUCGCAUGGCGCUCGCUCAUUCAGCGGCAGGAGGCUGAGCAUGGUUCAAGCUGUGGAAACCCGCACUGCUGCUACAGCAGGAGGCAGGGGAGCAGGGCCAGGCGCAGGAAAGGAGGGAGGAGCAGGAGAAGGGUUAGGUGAGCGGCGGGAGAGGAGGGAGGGCUGUGUUCGGUCGUACGGGAGUGGCAGUUUCAGCUCGUGGCGAGAGGGCAGCUUCGACUUCUUACAGGAUGAUGGCGCUCGGAUGGUGCCUAGGGAGUGUGGCGGUGCUGCUGCUAGGAUGAGGCGGGGAAACAGUGUGGAGUUGACGAGGGAGGGUAGUGUGGGAUUGAGAAGGGAUGGUAGUGUAGGAUUCGAAGGAGAGAAGAGUGCUGCACUGAGGAGGGAGAGUAGCAUGGGGGCAAUGAGGGAGUGGGAUGAUGCUGGCGUGCGGAGGGAAAGCAGUUUCGGAGCUGGUCCUGCUGCUGCUGCUGCUGCGGCGGCAGCAGCAGCGUCGGCCUCUGCUGGUGCGUUUGGGGACGAGGGGAUUGUGGCUGCUGCUGCUGUGGUCGCUGGAGUAGCUGCGGAGGGUACGCAAGGGCUGUCCGAGUCAGACGCUCGGUGGGGUGCACUCAGGCAUGCAAAUGCUGCCCAGACCAGCAUUUACCGCUCCACGUCCACUGCCGCUGCCGCUGCCGCUGCCGCUUCCGCGGCUGCCGCUGCUGCUGCCACUGCUGCUGCUGCUGCUGAAACUACUGCAAUCCAUCCCUCCCGGCUGCACAGCGCUUGGGCUGGCAGUGGCACCUAUUCCUCGCCCGCUAUCGGCCUUCACCCAAGGCCGAUGCACCGGAGCAUGAGCGAGCAUGUAAUUAUACGGCCUGCUACUGCUGCUCCUUCUGCAAGCUCUCUUGGCAGUGGCAGCAGAGGCUCGUCAGCACGACUCUUCAGCACGCACAACCCCCCACCUCUUCCACCGUCAAGCUCAUAUCGAGAUGUUAUGCCAGUACAAUAUGCGGCGGGGGCUCCUGUGACAAAGGGUGCGAUUUAUAGUAGCAGGAAUGGGGAUGGUGGGAGCAGAGGGUUUGAUGGUGAUGGGGGUAUGCUUGUUCGUGGUGGCAGCGGCAUGGUGGUGUUUGGGCAUGAAAUGGGUGCUGUGGAGAUUGGGGGAGAAGAUGAUGAGGAGUGGAUGGGAGGGGAGUUGAGGAGGAAUAAAACGGAGGGAAAUCGUCGGAAGAGGGCGGUGAAAUCGCUCAUUCCGCUCACAGACAUCACCAUCCUCAUCCCCGCCAACAUCAUCGUGCUACGAAACUACAACUCGGACCAGCAGACGGCCAUUCUCUCCUUCAACACCAUCACCACGCGCUACCUCUACCGCAACCUCACGGACCUUCCCGGCGGCACGCUGCUCGACACUCUCGAGGGCACGCAGGUCACCAAGCGCGGCCCCAACUUCCAGCCGUUCGUCGCCUUCAAGGGCCCCGCCGCGCUGCCCACCGUGCUCGCCGUGCCAAACCUGUGGGUAGGCUCGGACUUCACGAUUCAGGGGACCACCACCCUGCUGAUCCCUCCCGGCAUCUAG